UUUGGGAUGUUGUUAGGCAUCGUUUACGGUGUGUUGUACUGAAGGUGUUUUCAAUGGAUUUUAUGUGAAAAUACUAGUUCCUUGGAGUGAAUACAUGUGUCACCUGUAAUUCCUGGAGGAUACAGUGUUAUUCUCAUUCGUUUGGAAUGGAUGACCCCUAUAUUAACUUCGUGGCUCCACCUGAGGCACCGGUUUUCACUCCUACAGAGGAGGAGUUUGCAGAUCCAUUGGGUUAUAUUGCUAAGAUAAGACCCAUUGCCGUCAAAGGAGGGAUAUGCAAAAUAAAACCACCACCGGAUUGGCAACCACCAUUUGCAGUAGAUGUCGAAAAAUUUAAAUUUGUACCCAGAGUACAAAGACUUAAUGAGUUGGAGGCUAAAUCCAGAAUAAAACUCAAUUUCCUUGAUCGACUGGCCAAAUUUUGGGAGUUGCAGGGAUGUGCACUCAGGAUUCCUCAUGUGGAGAAAAAAUUGGUGGAUUUGUUUGGUUUGUACAAGUUUGUGGAAGAGGAGGGAGGGAUGGAGCAGGUUUCGGCAGAAAGGAAGUGGUCGAAGAUCUCCACAAAGCUGGGAAUGCCAACGGGGAAGGGAUGUGGAACCAUUGUCCGAGGACACUAUGAAAGAAUCCUCUAUCCUUUCUUUGUGUUCCGGAAAGGAGAUGCUUACGAAUUUGAUAAGCUCAAGAAGGUAGAGAAGGACAAGGAGGAUAUGGAAGACAUUGAGUACAAGCCCCAUAAAGGGCCAGGGAAGGAAUCUCAAGCUGGCCAUAUCAGGAAGUCCAAGCGAGCUAUGAAGGAGGAGCCAGUGAUCGACUACUCUGCCAACUCAGAACUGAAGAAGCUACAGUUCUACGGAGCUGGUCCGAAAGCUGCCGUGCCUUCUGGUAACUCCAAUGUUAAAGAAGAAAAACAGAUUGAGAAAAUUAAAGAUGAGAAAAUCAAGACUCGGGAGAGGCAGAUUAUUCCUGGCACAUAUGCAGAUAUGAAAUGGUUAGAAGGUGGCUAUGGACAGGUUGACAAGUAUCUGUGUCACAUGUGUGAAGGGGGAGAUGGGGAGGAGUACAUGCUACUGUGUGACGGCUGUGACGAUGCCUUCCACACCUACUGCCUCAUCCCACCACUUGUAGAUGUACCUAAGGGAGACUGGAGAUGUCCUAAGUGUGUCAAACAAGCAUGUUCAAGGCCUCAGGAUCCCUAUGGGUUUGAGCAGUCCAGGACUGAGUACUCUCUUCAGUCAUUUGGGGAGAUGGCUGACAACUUCAAGUCUAACUACUUCAACAUGCCUGUGCAUAUGGUUCCCUGUGCUGUUGUGGAGAAGGAGUUCUGGCGACUUGUCAGCUGUAUCGAGGAAGAUGUGUCAGUACAGUAUGGAGCGGACAUCCAUGCCUCUGAGAUGGGCAGUGGCUUCCCUACACAGAAGUCCGAUGUCAUGUGUCCCGAGGAUGAGGAGUAUGUAAACUCAGGCUGGAAUCUCAACAACUUGCCGGUUCUAGAACAGUCCGUGCUUUGCCAUAUCAAUGCUGACAUCUCAGGGAUGAAGAUCCCUUGGUGUUAUGUUGGCAUGUGUUUCUCCAGCUUCUGCUGGCACAAUGAGGACCACUGGAGCUACUCCAUCAACUACCUGCAUUGGGGAGAACCCAAGACAUGGUAUGGGGUCCCUGGGGAAUCGGCUGACAUCUUCGAGAGAGCCAUGAGGCAGAUGGCUCCAGAGCUGUUUGAGCAGGCUCCAGACCUGCUUCAUCAGCUGACGACCAUCAUGAACCCGAAUCUGCUGAUGGCAAAGGGCGUGCCAAUUGUCCGUACAAACCAGCAUGCGGGUGAGUUUGUGGUGACCUUCCCGAGAGCCUACCAUGCAGGCUUCAACCAGGGAUACAACUUCGCUGAGGCUGUCAACUUCUGUCCUGCUGACUGGCUGGGCAUGGGCCGUCUAUGCAUUGACAACUACCGUAGCCUUCACCGUCAGUGUGUGUUCUCACAUGAGGAGUUGAUCUGUAAGAUGGCUGCAGAUCCUGACAGUCUGGAUCUCAACCUGGCAGCCUGCACACAUCAGGACAUGCUGGCCAUUGUGGAGGAGGAGAAACAGCUGAGGAAGAAGUUGUUGGAUAUGGGUGUUGUUGAAGCUGAGAGAGAAGCGUUUGAGCUGCUCCCGGAUGACGAGCGCCAGUGUUACCACUGCAAGACAACAUGUUUCCUGUCCGGGAUCACCUGCCCCUGUAGUCCAAACAAGGUGGUCUGCCUGUACCACACAGAACACAUAUGCACUUGUGACACAACUCAGCUAUGCCUCCGCUACCGCUACACGCUUGACGAACUGCCGUCCAUGCUACACAAGCUCAAGAUGAGGGCCGAGUCCUUCGAUAACUGGAAUGUGAAGGUCAAGGCUGCACUGGAUGCACCACAGGAGGAUAAAUUAGAUUUACAAGAACUGAAGGAUUUAGUUACCGAGGCAGAAGAGAAAAAGUUUCCCGACAACGAGUUGUUUCAACAGCUCACCAGUGCUGUGAAUGAAGCAGAAAAGUGUGCCAAUGUUGCCAACCAGUUGGUCAGCAAGAAAGUGAGAACAAGGAAUCGCCAAAGCCUCGAGGGAAAAUACAUAGCCAAGUUAAACCUUGAGGAACUCAACAUCUUUCAUGAACAGGUCAUCAGUCUACCAUGUGUGAUCUUGGAGGCCAAGCUUGUCAAGGAACUGCUUGACAAGGUGGUCAAAUUUCAGACUGAAGCCAAAGAUGCUUUAGAUGCUGAAACUCCAGAUUCGGAGAAAUUAGAAAAACUUAUCGAAGUUGGAAUUGUGCUUGAUGUUGAUCUCCCAGAAAUACCAAAACUCAAACAGGUAUUACAGCAAGCCAAAUGGCUGGACGAGGUGAGGAACACGCUGAAGGACCCGCCCAACGUUACACUGGAGGUGAUGAGGAAGUUGAUGGAGUCGGGGGUGAGCCUGGCCCCCCACUCGGCUGUAGAACGGGCCAUGGCUGACCUGCAGGAACUGCUGACUGUCAGUGAGAGAUGGGAGGAGAAGGCCAGGAUCUGUCUGCAGGCCAGACCAAGACACGUGAUGACCACGCUAGAGGCUAUCAUCAGUGAAGCCAAGUCGAUACCAGCCUACCUGCCCAAUGUGUGCGCUCUCAAGGAAGCUGUGAGGAAGGCCAAAGAGUGGACAGUCAAGGUUGAGGCCAUCCAGAACGGUGAUUCCUAUCCCUACCUGGACAUCUUGGAGAACUUUGUGAACAAAGGUCGCCCGAUCCCCGUGAGACUGGACUCUCUGCCUCAAGUGGAGUCCCAGGUGGCUGCAGCUAAGUCGUGGAGGGAGAGGACAGCCAGAACCUUCCUCAAGAAGAACUCCACCUACUCCUUGUUAGAGGUACUGUCCCCGCGGCAGGACAUCGGCAUGUACACGAGUGGGAAGAACAAGAAGAAGAAGCUGCGAGAAGGGGAGCGAGAUCGGCGCGAGAGUGAAAACAACAACACCAUAGACAUCAAGGUAGAAGAAACCAGAGACCCAGCAACCAUUGUGGCAGCCUUCAAGGUGUCGGAGCAGCGCGAGGUGGAGUGUAUGCGUGACCUGCGAGGCCGGAACCUGGAUAAACUUCACUGUCCUGAAGGGGAGGCCAAGUUCUGUAUAUGUCGAAAAGGAGCAUCAGGUUUUAUGUUGCAGUGUGAGCUGUGCAAGGAUUGGUUCCAUGGUACAUGUGUCCCCUUACCUAAAUCUGCCAAUAUGAAAAACAAGACUUCCCAAACAGCUGUGAUGCAAGCAACAAAAGACAUGAAAUUUUUGUGUCCCCUCUGUCUCAGAUCCCGACGGCCUCGUCUGGAAACUAUCCUCUCUUUACUGGUGUCUUUACAAAAACUCCCUGUCCGCCUUCCCGAAGGGGAAGCCCUACAGUGCUUAACAGAGCGAGCCAUGGCGUGGCAAGACCGGGCACGACAAGCUCUCACAACUAAUGAACUUGCCUCAGCCUUAACAAAACUCAGUGUGUUGAGCCAGAGAAUGGUUGAACAGGCCGCCCGGGAGAAAACCGAGAAAAUCAUUAACGCUGAGUUACUCAAGGCAGCAAAUAACCCCGAACUGCAAAGCCAUUUGGCUAGUGUUACUCAAAGUGCUUUCAGUGGAGUUCAGAAUGGGACACCACAGAGAGAGAUCAAUUUAUUCAGUGUUGACAUAGACAGUUCACAAUCUUCCAUUCCCAUGUCCCCUCAGUCAUCACAAACAUCAGACGAUAUCUCCACCGACAUUGACACCAUCCCUGUUAGUCAUGGCAGCAUGUCAUCGGAACAUGCCUAUUCUUCAGUGUCAAAAGCCGCAUCAACAAUGACCCCCCGGAAACACCAGCGGAAGUCGCCCCUGGUGCCACGGCAGCUGGAGACCCCGGUGCUGGAGCUGUCGGAGAUCGCCAAGUGUCAGCUGGAGGAGCUGAUGAUGGAGGGCGACCUCCUGGAGGUGUCCCUGGACGAGACGCAGCACAUCUGGCGGAUACUCCAGGCCUGCCAGCCACGGCACGAGGAAAAGUUCAUUGACUUUGAGGAUCCGGACAAGGCAAAUGUAACCAUGAAGGAACGAGGGGAGAAGGUGAAGAGGAUAAAGAAGGAGAAGGACAAGAUAAAGGAGAAGAAGAUCAAGAUUAAGAGGAAGAAGGAGGCUGAAGACAGCACAGGGGUUGUGGUUAUCAAGAAGAUCAAGGAGGAGGUAGGAGUCGAGAAACCCAAGAAAAAGAAGAUGAAAAUCAAAGAUCCAAACAAGGAGCCAGUGGACAGCAAGGAGAAGGAGAACAAAGUUUCUGGUAAACUUAAACCGAAGGAGGUUGGUGACAAGACCAAGAAGGACAAGUGUGAGAAGCUGAAGAAAAAGAAGAAACUGAAGAUUAAGCUGGAGGGAAUGAAACAGCUCGGGGAGAAGACGCCCACCAUUAAGAAGAUCCGCAUCAAGAAGGACAAGUCCAAGGACGUGUUGAUUGUGGAUGAAGAUGACGAUGAAGAAGAGAAUGAUGAAGAUUGCUCAGCUGUGAAGUGUCUGAAGCCUGUUGGUGAGGAGGUGAAUUGGGUGCAGUGUGACAGUUGUGAGAAAUGGUUCCACUUGCUGUGUGUUGGACUCGGCAAGGAGGAAGUGUCAGAGGACGAGGAAUACGUCUGCUUUCAGUGUGUGCAAAUUAAGAAUGGUGUGAUACCCGCUAUCAAGCAGGAACCUCCGGACGAGCUCCUGGCAACACCGGACAUCACAGACAUUUCUUCUACAGCUGUCAACGGUAACGCUGAUCUACCUCUGUCCAGUCAAGAGUUAGAUCAUGGUGUGGAGAACAUGGAACUCUCAGCAACUGCUACAGUGUCGGACGUCCUACAAGGGGUGGUCACACAGGUGGUCAAUGCUGAACUUGCAGGAGAAGUUUUAGAGGAGGACGACGAAGAGGAAGAGGACCUUGAAGAAGACCUUGAAGAAGAUGAAACUCAAGGUGGUGAAGAACAUGAGGUUGAAGAUGAUGAUGAUGAGGAGGAGGAGGAGGAGGAAGACGAAGAGGAGGAGGAGGAAGAAGAGGAGGAGGUCGAGGCAGAGGAGGCCGAGGCAGAGGAGGUCGAGGCAGAGGAGGUCGAAGCUGCAAUACAGGAUGAAACUAUAGCUGAGGAUGUUACUAUUGUGGAGGAUGAUUCCCGGGUCGAGGAGGUUGAUGCUGAAGUGGAUGGGGAGGAAGAUGAUGAAGAUGGAGGUGAGAUUGUUGAGCUGGAGGACGAGGAUGAUGAAGGAGAGGAGGACAUUGAACACUUAACCACACAAGAAUCAACAGUGAGUGCAGCUGUGACGACAACUUCUGAAGCUGUAGCUGAAAGUAUUUCUGAAGUUGACUAUUCUCUGUCGCAGGAAAGUGUGGACUCCGAAGCAGUGGAAGCCGAAAUGAUUGGUGGUGUGCACGAAUCAAGUGUGGAAUCUGCAAAUAGUUCAGUGUUGUUAGCAGACUCUUCCAAAGACUCAACAGCAGCUGUGGAGGAAAACGGUGAAGAACUUAUGGACAUUGAGGAAACGCCCUUAGAGGCCGUGUCAAGUGUAAUGCUGUCGUCAUAACCCUUACUUGCCAUCUCCCAAUGCCGUGACUAGUCACAGCUACAUUCAUUCAUGGUUUGCUGGCGAAAGUGUGGUCAUAAAGUGUAUGUUCAUUAUUUUGAAUGUAUGGAGAAAAUAAAGCUAUUGUGUAGCAAUUAAUGAAAGCCAGAAUGAAUGUAUCACGUGGUCAACUGACAGCUCCCAACAAAUCCUGUGUGGUAGAUAAGUUUUGAAUCCUGAAGCAGACUGACAACAGCCUACCAGACGUACCUGAUUUGUUUGUAUAUGUCGACACUGAUAACCCUUACCUGAUUCCUUACUGUCCUUGUCAAUGAAUGAAAAUGUGUGAAUGACAAUUGUACAAAGGUGAAAUCAUAGACUUUAUUAACUGAUGAAUAAUUUGAUAAUGAUAUAUGUAUGUUGGAAUUUCUACACUAAUUUAACACCUACCAUAUAUAUGCUUAAGAAACCUACCUCGGUUGGAUGACUUGACUUUACUGUAAUAUUCCUCCUGGUGGAACGCCAGCUGUUUGUGACUGUGUUUGCAAUACUAAUCUAGUUAGACUGCAUCAAUAAACUUAACGCUGAAUGUAUCCCAUGAUGUGGUUGUCUUACAAUGCUUUAUGGGUCUCUUUAACAGCCUACCGCAUACGACGUAAUAAGCGCCCUGCUCUAAUAAGCGCCCAUAAUAAGCGAUAUUUGCUAAUAUAUUAGCUAGUGAACAAUUCCAAUUAGCACCCCUUCCGAUUGAGCAAUGUGCAUAAGACUUAUUCAUUUGUGUAUACUACGCACUCGUGUUUUUAUGCAGCCUUAAUUAUGGGCAAUUAAAUUCAGGAAAAAUAUAUUUGUCGUAUAUAAACAUAUACUGUCAGCAUAAACCACGAAAUUUACGAUCUUUAACCUCUGUUUUUUUCACCAAAAUAAUAUUGUAAUAUGAGCCCCCUAUUUCUAAUUUUGAGAGCACCCUGGGCGUGUAUUACAUCGAAUGCGGUAUUUGUUUUGGUCAUAACUAAACAUUUCAUUCACAUGAUGCAUACGACUCAACAGUUGGUGGGGACUAAAAUAGUCAUCUUUAGUCAAAGGUGUGGUCCGCAACAAAUGUUGAUUGGUAGAGUUGUUCAACAGGUUUAAAGCUCAGGGCCUCGUUCCACAAAGCGAUCGUAGCACUAAGACAAUCGUUACUCCCAUACUUUAACACAGACUUACGACAAUCAUAGCGCUACGAUCGCUUUGUGGAACGGGACCCAGGGCCCCGUUCCACAAAGUGAUCUUAGCUCUAAGUUGAUCGUAACUCCCAUUCUUUAACACUGACUUACGACAAUCGUAGCGCUAAGAUCGCUUUGUGGAACGGGACCCAGGCGUCCAAAGUGUCGUAAGAUAUAUUUCAGAUUUUGUACUGAUACAGAACGUCUUAUAGCAGAUGUCUUGAUUCCAUUUGUCUCUAGCAAAAUCACUGAAUGUAUAAGUAUACCAGAUAAUUAAGACGUUUAAGUCCUAAACUUUGACAUUAUCAUGGACGGGUGAGAUGUGUCAAUAGUAGAGUAUUCCUACUAUACUGAAAUAAGGUUUGACCGACACACAAAAAAAAGUUUCCGUUUGCCCCGUUGUGGGAAUAAUGUGCCAACAGAAGUUUUCAGAGAUUAGUUUUAUUUAAGCUAAUACAGAAAAAGUUCACUUUGUGAUCACUGACAUCUGGACUUGCUCUGCCGUGCAGAUCAGCUUAAGAUUGUCCUCUGUAUCAAGCCUUACUUGAAAUAUUUUUUGGCUGUUUGUCCAUGACAUAAAUGUGAAAUUGGGUUUGUUUAGCUUAAAGCUAUUUCUAAUCCAGGAAAACCGGUAAGAAAUGAGUAGAUUUCCAAGUAUUGACCCUGAUGGUCCACGCUACAUACAAAGCUUUAAUCAUAGCAGUUAUUUGAUUAACAUGCUACUUAUCUAUUUCAUUUUUUUACAAAACUUAUUUAACACAUUGCUUCAGGUUAGAAUUUUGUGAAAAUAACCAGAACAGAUGUCUUUGUUUUACUUCAUGAUGCAGUCCAGCUUGAUAAUGUAAAUAUGUCAUCUUUUGUAUUAUUUAUUUAUGUAUAUCAGAUUCAUUAUGCAUGGUGUCAUUAAUCACUUGUCAUUAAUCUUCCAGUUUGUAUAAAGAUCAUAGUGUUUUGAUCCUGUACAUACCACAACUUUGCUUGUAGUAAGGUGUAUUCUAGAAAACAUUGGUAAUCUUUUACUGUGUCACAGAGACAAUCUUAACAUGGUCUCAUUUUAACCGUUUACACCACUCACUAUGAAUUCGAUUUAAGUUUACACCAUAAACUGUUUAGUUCGUUUGAUGUCCUCAUUACGCGAGUCAUGUUGGAGCCAGAAUGGUUCACUUUGGUUCACUUCAGUUCAUGCAUCAGUAGGUUCACAUGUACCGGUCUGUUUAUGGUUUUUUGUUGUAUGGUGGAGAGACAGCUCUUCAGUUUUUGUUGCUGAUUAUUUUACAGAUUUGUUUCCAAUGUGGAAGACUGUUUGAAAGUGCUGUUACCUUGUCUAUGCCGUCAUCCCAUCAUUCGUUGAUGCAUGGCAAAUGUAUGAAAAUAAACAGGUCUGACAACUA